CGCAUUAGCUGUACUGUCAAACGGUCGUGCGAAAAAGGUUUGUUGACGCUCGUGUCUUCCGCUGGUGUGCUUUAGCGCGUGUCCGUUCACGUGCGCUCGGUUGAUACGGCGUGAUAAACAGUGUUUGGCUCUGUAUAUUUGUACGAGUACCGUGAACAAGAUCGUAUGCGAUCAGAUCAGCGAGCAGAUGCUGAGGUGUUUUACUAUACAAGUGAAAGAUUUGCUCGAAAAACUUUAUCAGAUCAUGCGAUCAACGUGCUAGAAAUCAUAGUCGUUUUGCAAUAAAAUCUCAAAUUGCUAAAGAAAGUGUCGUAAAAUGUGAUUGUUUUUUUGCAACUUACAGAUUCAAAGUUUUCAACUAAAUCUUCUCAAAAAAGUGAAUUUUUGCCACAAUUUCAAAAAGCUACUAGACGAUUAAAUACAGUCGUUAUAUGCAUCUAUUCCGGCCAGAGUCAGUGAGGUCCGGAAUUUAAUUGCUAUCAUCAAAAUGGUGGAAAGACACCGUGCAUAGCUGUUACCUAUAUCGCAAACAUUUCCCGCAGCAGUUCAAUUGUUCAGUGCUCUGUAGAAAAGUGUUCUGAGUGUGCAAGCAGUUUCUCAACAACAGUAAUAAAUUAAUUAUAAAAUCAUUCAUCCGUGUCGGAAAGUGGAACAAAGCUGCAAAAUUUAAGCUUAUAGCUGCUUGUAGAUCGUGUUAAAUCAGUUGUAGUGCUUUGUGCGUCUGUGAACGUGUGGUUAGCAGUAGUGGAUUGCAAGGAUAAUUAUCUUCAAGGAAAGGAUAACUUCCCUAGCCCGUUCGAAAGAGUCCGCUUUUUUGCCGCGCAACGAUCGAGAUAAUUCAAAACCCCUGCAGCCUUUGCCACGCUUGAGAUGGUCUUUAGUGGGUCCGGUCCUUCGGUCUGGUACCAGCGCAGGCGGGUAUAGUCCUAGAACCCGGUCAGUCAAACGUGCCCAUCAGUAAGUCACGCGCCGGUAUCGGCCGAGACACGAGCCGUAUCGGUAGCAACGAGCAAAGCCGACCAACACACACCCACACAAACCCACGUGUACCCGCCGUGGUCCAUCGCCGUGUAAGCUCCUGGCACGGACGCACAGCACGGACGCAACGCUGGCCCACAAUCCUCCGGCCGGGGCAGUGCAGCGGGGCAAAGAUGCAACCGUUGCCGCCCGGCGCAAGAUGACGAUCACAGGCGAGGGCUCACACUCCGCUAGCCGGUGGUGGUGCUGCACGCUGAAAGCACCAAACCACCACCAGCUGGCCCGCGACAGUAGAAAGCGCACCCGACACCGAACCACCCACAAGCGGAGAGGAUCCGCGAUGAAGCGGACGAAGACAGCGGCGACAACGACAACGACGAGGAGUGAGGGGACAGUGGUGCCGUCCAUCUUGGAAUUGCCGCCAACGGACAGCUGUAGCCAUACUAGUUUUAAUUAUAAAUUUUAUCGUUACCAAUACCUUCGACCUGUAGCUAUUCUGUACAUAGCGUUAGCGGUAAUUCUAGCGAACGUGUCAGCAUUUGAGCCGGACUUUGUAUAUCCGUUGGAGAAUGUAACCGUUGCAAAAGGUCGCGACGCCACGUUCACCUGCGUCGUGAACAAUCUCGGUGGUUAUCGGGUGGCCUGGAUUAAGGCGGACGCAAAAGCAAUCCUGGCGAUACACGAGCACGUCAUCACGAACAAUGGCCGGUUGUCGGUGACGCACAACGACUACAACACCUGGACGCUCGUGAUCCGGAACGUCAAGAUGGAGGACCGGGGCGUCUACAUGUGUCAGGUCAAUACGGAUCCGAUGAAGAUGCAGGUAACGGAUCGAUCAGUAGCCCGGCUGCAUCGCACUACAGUAUCGCUGUCUCUCCCUUUCUUUCCCUCGCUGCUGUGGCAGACCGCUUUUCUCGAGGUGGUGAUACCGCCGGACAUCAUCUACGAGGAAACGUCCGGCGACAUGAUGGUGCCCGAGGGUGGCUCGGCCAAGCUCAUCUGCAAGGCGCGCGGCUACCCGAAGCCAAAGAUCGUGUGGCGAAGGGAGGACGGGCGUGAAAUCAUCGCCCGCAAUGGCACGCACGGCAAGAUGAAAGCAACGAUAGUCGAAGGUGAGAUGUUGUCGCUGACGAAGGUGACACGUUCCGAGAUGGGAGCGUACAUGUGCAUCGCCUCGAACGGCGUACCACCGUCCGUGAGCAAACGGCUCAAGCUGCAAGUACACUUUCAUCCGCUAAUCCAGGUGCCAAACCAGCUCGUCGGUGCGCCGCUCGGCACGGACGUAACGCUCAUCUGCAACGUGGAGGCAUCCCCGAAAGCCAUCAACUACUGGCAGCGUGAGAAUGGCGAAAUGAUCAUCUCAAACGAGCGUUAUCUGAUGAACGAGAACGAAAGCUCGAUGUACGCGGUCCAGAUGACGCUGGUCAUUCGCAAGCUGCACAAAUCGGACAUGGGCGGCUACAAGUGCAUCUCUAAGAACAGCAUCGGCGACGCGGAGGGCACGAUACGGCUGUACGAGAUGGAGCUGCAGAAGAAAACCAAGUCGGCACACCGCGUCAACAGCGUCGAGGAUACCUCAGGCAACGACGAAAUCAACUCAACGCCCAACAUCGACCAGUCCGACGAGAGCAACAAAAUCCACAAAAAUGGCCGGCUUUAUAAGGGUUUGCAGGCGGGCGAACACGACCUAAUCAGCUCCAGCACUAGCGAUGCGUCCGUCCGUGUAGGCCGGGUCAACCUGUGGCCGCUGGUGGUUGGCGCCCUGGCCCUAGCCCUCACGCACGGUAACACGCCACGGGUACGCUGUUAAGCGGAACAACAGGGGGAGAAUGGCCUAGCGCAUACGGUUCACCGUCAACAACAACCGUCGCCUCAAUACGCACCGAAACGAUUGGAUGCAGUUUGCUGCAUGUUACCGAAGCUUCGGUGCGCCUUGUUGCAGUGCUACAGCGGCAGCUCCUGCACGACGAAGAGAGCAAAUUGUUCACGAAACGUUUCACGCGACUAGAACACAAACAUUACUCAGAAGAGCGGCUCCCGAAUGGCGGUAUAACGAUUGAGAUUGAUUUCACUCGAAAGCGCCUAAAGGUAUACACUGUGAGUUACAAAAUGAUGCUCAUUGCAUUGCGUGUCCUUUUACUGCGCGCCACAAACGAUUUCAGUUUUAAUAGCUCUUUCUUUUUGUAAUCUCACCCUCAUGCCAUCAUACAAGUGAAAUGUAUACGUACACAAUAAAGAAGCUUGUUUUGGGUUGAUUUCUGUUUUAGGGAUUCAUUUUGUCACCAUGUUUGUGGUUAUUUGAGCUGUGAGUAAGGAACUUUGUACUAUAUAAGACAAGUCUUCUACGAUUGGACUAGCAAUGGGAUCGUGGAAAAUGGGAAAAGCAUGUACUACCACUGUAAGCUAUCGAGUAUGCAGUACUCAUAAAAGUAUUGUCCGAAUGAAUUUGUGUGUGUGUGUGUGUGUGUGUGUGUGUGUGUGUGUGUGUGUGUGUGUGUGUGUGUGUGUGUGUGUGUGUGUGUGUGUGUGUGUGUGUGUUCAUAGGUUUUAAAGAACACAUUCUAAGCCACAAGCCUUGAGGCUUGCUACGUCAUUUGAGUGACAUUCAUGAACGUUAUAGAAAAAUUAUGAGCCGUUUUAAACAUUGUUUUCGAUAUUUCAACACCAUAUUCACCUUUUCGCUUUUUUGUGAUUUUUUUUUCAUUCAACAUUCUUUCCUCUCAAAAAGAAACUGUACAGAUAAUUAAGCGAAAAAAGGUCAAACACGUUCAAAAUACUGUGAAACAUUAGACAAGUUAUACAUCAAAACUUCUAGACUUGCUAGCACUUACCGCAUAGCCCGACGCUGUGCAUUAGAAAAUUCACUUACGGAACUAUUUGCGAUGAACAUUUUUUGUACGGCAGUGAAAAAAACAAUUCCCACCCCACAUUCUCACAUACACAUACACGCCCAUAUCAGAGCCCAAGCAGCGUGGGAAAUCAAUUAGUGAGAUGAGACAAAUGCGAUGCAUAUGCGGGCUGUGGAAUUGUGUUUGUGUGUGUUUAUUUGUGCUGCAUUUUUGUUCACAUGAUGCCAUCCUGCCACUCCUCGAACAGUGAAAAAAACUGGCGAUUCAUUCAUCAUGGCUGUGGGUUUUGGGUUAAUGGGUGCACCGCUAGCACACAUGACGCAUGGCCUACGUACCAUUUUGCCACUUCCUUCCGAUGUCGUUGUCGGUUAGGUCUGCUGCCUGCCAGCCGCACGGAACGAAUCGGAAGCUGGGUUGGUGCAAAGUGAGCUCCGUUUUUUUUUUUUGCUCUUUUUCCCACUCUCAUCGGCCAUUCAUUGUCAACCGGUGGUUUGGGCAGCGAAGCGCAAAUGUCGAGACAUUACGACUCGACUCGCUAAUGAGUCGAAAUGAGGAGGGGGAGCGCAGCAACAACAAAAAAACCACCCCAUAGAGUGGAGAGUGAAGCUCAAUGCAACCAGUAGGAAAUGGUUUAAACGCUUUGCCGUCAUUAGCCGUAAUGGAAAUUAUUUCCAGCGCGCCGACCGUUCAUUGUAAUAAUUGUUUGUUUUUGUUUACUUCCACGCGUGGGUGCGGAUGUGGGGGUGCUGCAGCUGCAGCUGCAUCUGUUACAUGAUUCAUUUCUGCCACUGCACGCUGCAUGCUGCGGGCUUUUAGCGAUUAAAAAUCAAGCGUACAUCGAAGCGGGACGUCGGCCAGCGCCACACACACACACACACACACACACACACACACACACACACACACACACACACACACACACACACUAAGCUAAUCCUUCAACCGGUGGGAAGAAAAGUGCCAAAAGAGGGAAACAAAACACAAAGAAAAGCUAACCCACACCGGAAUUACAGGAAGGCUAAACACAAUCGUGCGCCAGCUUAGCUUUGAACGAACAACAGAGAGCACACACACACAAAAAAGUUCGGCGCGUGCUGUGCUUUCCAAAUUCUAGCGUGCCGAGUGUGCUAAAACAUGGGAGGCAAAACUGUUGUUAAAUGGAAAGCUAAAAACAGGAACAAAUUGCUACCCUGCGGGAGCGUUUGCAGGGGAGAGAAAAACAAAUAUGCUAUGGUUCAUGCAUACAUGCAGGCGCCGAAAAGCGUUUGUACGGCCUGAACGGUGCGGAACAGGGAGUAAAAACUAAUUACGCGCCCAUUCUGUCAUGAUAAUAAGAGUAAUGGUAGCACUAAUGAUUACGAAUUGAAAUUAUUACACUAUCAAACCCCCCUACCAAUAACAAUAAUAAAUGCAUUGACAAAAGGAGAGCGAGAGAGGGAGAGAGAGAGUAAAAAAAUAACACUGCAAAAUUGUUUGACACGCAUAAACUAGUUUUGCAAGCUCAUCCAGCCGAGUUUGGGCUAACGUUGAAAGUAUUGCUGUUAGCAAACAACAAAUGCAUUCUACAUUUUAGCGUUACUUUUUGAAUAAAAAAAAACAAGUUUGGAAAAUAAACGCUCACAAACAUGUUUUUUUUUUUUAUUUUGCUUUGUUUUUUUUUGUCGACUAACAAGGAUUAAUUCAACUAUCAUCACAAUGUAACCACACGCAUUCGUUAUAUGUCAUUUUCUCUCAUAAAGUAGUUUUUUCAUCACAACUCGCUCAUUCAAAUGCCAGCAAUAAUGAAAGAAAAAAAAAACAAAAUAAAACAAAUAAAACAAAUAAAUCAAAACACGGUUUACGAUGAGGGAUGCAAAACAACAAGCAAUGAUAAUUGAAGCUUUGCAACCAUAAACACAAAACAAGCCGGUCAAAACGCGAAAAGGAAGAGAAAAAACAGCACCGGGCAAUCGAUCAAUCAUUUCCGUUGAUCUAUACAUAUAUAAAUAAGCAUUCAUAUUUACGCAUACAAUCAGCAGCAAGCGAGAGCGUAUAUAAGGGAAAGCAGAUUGGGUGGAAAGGGACAAUGGAGAUAUUCUGCCGGGAAAGACAUGAAAAAGGGGUUACUAUACUAUUUGUUGUUUUAUGGUUCCAUCUUGCGUAAGCUGUUAGCAUUUUAGGAACAUAGAAACGUCUUGCUGCAUGUAUGUGUAUGUGUGAAUGUACAAGCGUGAACAUUACAGUAUGCAAGUGUGUGUAAAUGUGCACGUGUGCAUGAAAAUGUAUGUGAGUAAAAGUGGUAAGCGUAAGUGGAUCGUAUUUUCCACAGCCAGUUCAAAGAAUGGCCAACGAUGGAAAAUGCUGCGAAAUGAUUGCAGUUGGACAAAAGAUUUGUUACAUAUUUUACCGGAUAGUUUUAAUCGUUCCCUUUUCUGCACAAUAAUGGUCUAAUGCCAUAGCAAAAAAAAGGAAAAAGGGGGGAUGCAAACCAAAAACACGGGAAAAUAUAAAACACAUUAGCAGUAGCUUAGCGGAGCUAGUAAUAUAAAAUCACAGUAAACGGUUUACCCAGUAACAGUACACGCAUUAAAGGAUAAUUUAACGCUAUAGCCAAUCUCGAAGCGAAAAACAGCUGGUGUGGGGGUGUAUAUAAAGCGUCACUAAGUAUCAUUACCAAAAAAAAAACAAAAUCUAAAGAAACAAACAAACCCCGAUACUGGCAAUAUUCCUUUUCAGCACUGUAUAAAUAAAACAAUUGCAAAACAUUACAACUAAAACAUGAAAAGCCGAAGGGCAAUGGGCACAUUUGCUAAUCGGGGGAGAGAGAGAAAAAAAACAGCAUACAAGCUUAAUCAAGCAGUAAAACUAACACAAUAAAAUAAAACAAAAACAAAACCAAUAGAAUAAAAGCAAACUAAAUCAUUGUUGUGGUAAUGAGAGAUGCCCUAGAGUUCGGCAUCGCAAAGGAGAAGGAGUGUUAUGAAAAGGGGGUUAAAGGGGAAACGUAUAUAAUGUGUAGGACAAAGCAGCAGCUGAAGUACGGAAGAGUAGCGAAGGGAUAUAAAAUGCACACGCACAUGGGGAGCUCAAGAAAAGAAUAACAAUCUUAACAGCGUUGUAACAGAAGCAAAACAGAGAAACAAAAAAACAUUAUAAAUUAAACAAACCGAUGCUGUUGACACUCGUUUCAUUUGCUGCCCCGUGUGAGAUGAAAAAAAAACCCGAAGCGCAUGAACUUCUACAUUGCAAGCAGAGCAAAUUAUGAUAUAAUCAUAAAACAAACAGAGGAGAAAAGAGGGUAAAAAAUAACAGUAAACUAAACACAUCAAAACGUGAAACUAAUGAUGAGAAAUACACAAAUAAUAAAACGA